AUGGUCGAGUACGUACGAGAUGGUCGAGAGGUACGUGAAGCUCCACCGUCCGUUGUUCAACUGGGUCACGGAAUGCUUGUUGAGCAAGGAAUGCAGCAUUAUCUGCUGCGGCGGGGCGAGCACGAGCGCGUCAAGAUGUUGAUCAAUGACUUUACUGUUUUUGAGGCGGCCACUAAGACGAAACAGAAGUCUACUCUGACAUCGGCUGUGCGACGUCUUUUCGGAUAA